GGAACCAAGAGUAGUUCAAACAGAGACCUACUCCAGGAUUGCCUGAGACUACACUCCAUGAAGGGAAAUAAAUACAUGACGGUAAAUGGGUGAAGAGACGCAUGGAAGCGGACGGAUGUCGGAGACGCAACAAUGGGUCAGUUUGCCUGCAAACGGUCCCAUAGUUUCCACCUCCUCAACAUCGUUUCUUGAGACCAGUAAUCCUUUAAGAGCCUGGGACAAUGAGAUUUUCAGCUCUCAUAUGAGCGAUGGGAUUGUAGAAGCCGCAACAGUCCAACCCAUCAAAGAAGAAGACCAUCGGCAGGAUUUGGUGCAACCACUUGAACAUUUUUCCUCAAAUAUUCCAUCUUCAUUGCUUAACAACACUGAAGGAGAAACUUGUCCACCUUUUUCAAUGCUGAAUCACAGCGGCCAUAUAUAUCGGAUUAAAAAGCCAUCUCCUGAUAGUUGCAGCUUUUCUUCUCAACAAAAGCAUUUGGAAAAACCCAUAACCUCUCGUAUUACACCAUUUAAGGUUCGAAAAGAGAAGCUUGGUGACAGAUUCGCCGCGCUGCAACAGCUGGUUUCACCAUUUGGGAAGACUGACACGGCCUCCGUGUUGUUGGAUGCAAUUGAAUACAUCAAAUGUCUUCAUGAGCAGUUGACUGUACUAUGCUCUCCAUAUGUGAAAAUGGUUUGUAUCUUUUCCAUAUUAGAAAUUAAAUUUUAAUUAAUAUCACCUAGGUACUUGAAUGCCAUUAAU